ACCCUAUCAACCGAACCAAGAAGGAGCGUUAAGCGAGAGGCGUGCAGAGAGAGUCACUGGAACCUCGACGACGACAACUUUCCAUCGCAACGCCAUCAACAGUCGAUCUCAUCCACGAAAUCGAUAAACCGCCAUCAUGGGAAAAGUCCACGGAUCCCUCGCACGUGCCGGAAAGGUCAAGUCUCAGACACCAAAGGUCGAGCCGCAAGAGAAGAAGAAGACCCCUAAGGGCCGUGCCAAGAAGCGCAUUCAGUACACCCGCCGUUUCGUCAACGUCACCCUCACCGGAGGAAAGAGGAAGAUGAACCCCAACCCAACUGCCUAA